CAAAUGGAUUGUAAUUUCAUUUCACCAUUCAGCUAUGGAUAUGGCGUAGAGAUAAUGUCGAUAUUAUUUUUACGUUUUGUAUAUAUUUGUUUUAAUGUUAAGACACAAAUCUUGUGAUUUAAGUAUUUAGUGUAGAGAGUAAUGUGUUUGUACGUUCAAAGUGUGACAUGUUUGUGAUUGUUUGUGUACUUACUACAUUGGUAGCCUAAUUUUGCAUUGUUUAGCAUAUGCUGAGUGAGAGAUAAGUUUUGUAUUCGUCACGUAGAACCAGUUAAUUACGCAUUAUGGAUUUUCUAAGAGAUCUUGAGAGUUGUGACAGGGGCACAAGAAGUCAUUCUGCUCAAGGUCUGGCCAACAAUGUUACAUCUAGUCCAGUCAUGAAAAUACCAUUACCUCCCCGUUUGUGGAUAACAGAUGUGUCAGAUGAGGAAUCUUCUGAAGAAAUUGAAAGUUGUGUGAGGGAUGAGGGAGUGUUUAACCCGGAACGGACCCGAGUCAAAUCAAGGUUUCGACAUUAUAAGCAGAGGUCUAAUGUUACUGUACCCUUAGGAAUAUUUUGGGACAUAGAGAACUGUCAGGUGCCCCGUGGCUGCUCAGCAAUUGAUGUAGUAGCAGCUAUCCGUGCCAAAUUUCUGACGGGGCGGCGAGAGGCAGACUUUGUGGUGGUCUGUGAUGUGAGGAAAGAAUUACCACUGAGGCUCCAGGAACUUAAUGAUGCUCAAGUAAGCUUGAUCCACGUGUGCGGCACGCAAAAGAACGCAGCCGAUGAGAAGCUGCGGCAGUGUAUGCGCAGGUUUGGGGAGCUGCACAGCGCCCCCGCCUCGCUACUCUUGAUCUCAGGGGACAUUAACUUUGCGGCUGACUUAAGUGACUUUAGACAUAGGAAAAAUAUGGAAGUAAUACUGGUGCAUAAGCAGAAUACAUCGUCCGCCCUUAUAACCUGCGCCUCGUCGCAUUACUGUUAUAACGAACUAACUGCUCACUUGCCUAGAAACCCAAAGACGCUAAGCCAAACUGAAGAGGAGGAGGACCCAAUAUGUGAGGUGGAAGUGAGGAACUUGCCGCUGGAACAGCCGCCGGACCGGGUGUCCCGCAGGCUGCGCCGGCUGGCCGACAACUGCGGCGGGCGCGUGCUGCGCGUCGACACGUCCACGGCCGUGCUGCGGUUCCCCACGCCCGACCAUGCUGCCAGGGCACUGAAGCGUAUGGACGGCGAGGACGUGUUCGGUCGGAAGAUUACCACGCGCUACCUGCGCCCCCUCCAGCCCUACCACGCGUACUCCAGCGACGAGGGCUACAGCACCGCCGGGGUCGACCAGCCCGCCUUCAUACCGCCGCCAGUGCAGGCCUCACCUGUCCCACUGGCGCCGCCGACGGAGUGGGCGCGCGCGCUGCAGACGCUGCCCGCGCCGACGCCGCCGCCGCUCGACUUCUGCCCGCCGCCCGCGCCGCGCCCGCGCAAGAUCCGCGGCAUGCACGGAUCCGCUCCGCUGGACCGCUCGGGCUGCUCGUCCAGCAACAGCGGCGACGACAGCCGCGCCCGCGACAGCCAGAGCCGCGCCGCGUCGCCGUGGAACUCGUCCGCCUCCUUCAGCGAGCCCGGCAGCGAGGCCGAGGACUCCACGGCCGAGCUCACCGUCACCAACCUGCCGCCCUUCGACCCGGCCGUCAUACAGGCCAUGCUCACUAAACUCUUCAGCCAGUACGUCCCCGUUGUCAAAGUGACGGUGUGGGUGUACAACGACGGCCCCAUAGCCAUCGUGGUGGUCCGCUCGGAGUGGGACGCGCGGCUGGCCAUCGCGCGCGUGCACAAGCGCCGCCUCGACAACGCGUGGGGCGGACGCCGCCUGGAGCUGGCGCUCGGCAGACCCUCCCCCGCACCCAACCAGGACGUGCUGCGCGCCAGGCUCCGGGCCAUCCUGCUGGACCACCCCAACCACGCCCUGCCUCUGCUCCGACUGAGAGAUAACUACGCUAGCCGCCAUUGCUGUGCGCUAACCACCUCCGACAUAGCCAGGCUUAAAGACACUGUCGUAAUCCACGAAGGCUACGGGCGACUCGUACAAUUAACGGAUCUAACACCAGUUACAGAGUUAGACAUGGAGGAGGCGCCGUGGAAGUGUCAUAUUCAUGACGGAUUGAGUACGGGACAUGAGGAUGGGAGUAGGAUUCUGCAGCCCGUCUUUAUGGAGAUUUCUGUGCUGGCGAAGAAUACUCUAGCGCUGCUGGACAGCCAUGGAGGAAAAUUGCCUUUAUUAAGUUUCGUGGAGUGCUACGAGGCGGCAUUCUCGUCAUUCUCGUACGACGCGACCCGCGGAGUGCCCCUGGAGCUGCUGCUGCACGGCGCCGCGGGCGUCGAGCUGCGCGACGCGCCCUCGCGCCAUCUGGUGCGCAAGGAGCUGCAGCACGAUCUCAGCUCUAGUUCCCGGUCGAGCGGCGAACGCGAGCGGCCGCGCACGGCGCCGGCGCUGGAGCCGAUGCUGGCUCUGUUCGAGCGCGAGCUCGUGGACCUGCUGCGAGCCGCGCCCCGCUGCUGCAUACCCUUCAGCAAGCUGAUACCAUCUUUCCAUCAUCAUUUCGGUCGCCAGUGCCGCGUAGCUGAUUACGGAUUCACGAAGCUACCUGAAUUACUUUCCGCGCUCAGCAGCACUAUCGUGGUACUAGGCUCAGGGUCAUAUCGCAUCAUCACCAUCUCCGCGGCGGCACAGGGUCGGCGCUGGACCGCCGACCUGCUCAAGCUGCUGAAGGCCGUGCCCGGCCGCGCCGUGUACCCUAACGACAUUCCUGCCUUGUACCAGGAGAACUUCGGCAAGCCAUUCUCGCCGGCGGAGUACGGCGUGUGCACGCUGGCGGAGCUGAUGCGUCGAGUGUCGGCGGGCACGGUGGCGACGGCGGCGGACGGCGCCGUGUCGCUGCCCCGCCGCGCGCCCACGCCCGAGGAGCGCGCCCGCGCCGCGCAGUUCGCGCUGCAGGCCGUCGAGCUGCUGUGCUACACGCCCAACCUGAGGAUGGAAUUCUCCCGUUUCGUACCCGCCUAUCACGCUCACUUCGGCAGCCAGCUCCGCGUCGCCCUCUACGGCUGCGUCAAGCUCGUCGACCUUUUCGACAUUAUCCCCGACGCUGUCUCCGUAUACACUGAACCGAGCGGCGAGAGGGGCGUGAGGCUGGCUAUUAGAACUGCCCGGGCAUUAUUAGCUACGCGAUUCAGAGCCCUCGGCCCUGUGACUUUAGAGACCCUCCCUCAGGCCUACGCGGCGCAGUUCGGCGCCCCCCCGCAGCCGGACGUCCUUAAUGCCUCGACGUUGGAAGAGCUCGUGUACGCGACGGGUGGCUGUGUUGAGAAUGGCCUAGUUCGUGCCCCAGGUGAUGCCCCGCUGUGGGUGACGUCGUGCCUGGCGACGUGCGCGGUGCUGUCGGCGGACCGCAGCGUGGCGCGCGGCAGCACGGAGGAGUACUUCUCCAGCGCCUUCAGGAAGCUGCGCGGCUGCGACCCUGAUGUGCGACGACUGGCGCUAGCUGGAGUAAUAUUGGCUGACGCGCGUUGCGUGCAGCUCACGCCGGCGUGGCGCGUGGUGUGGCGCGUGGCGCAGAUCCUCGCCGACCGGCCCGAGCCCAUGCCCGCCAUGGACGUGUUCGGCGAAUACACCAGUCGCUUCGAACCGCUGUUCCCGUGCGCGGAUUUGGGCUUCGAGUCGGUGGUGGAUUUCCUGCGGCACUACCGCGAGGUGUUCGUGGAGGCGGGCGCUCGCUGGGCGCUGAGCGCCGGCGUGGCGGCGCCGCGCUGUCUGGGCUCCCAGAGGCACGAGGACUACUCUGUUCACGACACGCCGCCGGGACAAAAGGGUUCCCGCGUGUUCGAGUCGCCGAAGACGAGCCUGUGGUGCUCGCCGCCCGCCAGCGCGCUGCCCGCGCCCACGGCGCUGCUCGUGCACGAGAGCAAACGCCGCAUCCGCCUGGCGGCGCAGUUCGACGCCAUGCAAUAGGCUGUUCGCGGCCGCUCCAGCAAGGUGAUACAUUCCUUCCAAUUUUUAUCUCGUAAAAAUUGCAUGCGUUCCAACGUCACCCCAGCUAUAUCAGGAUUGUAUCCAGGGUUGCAACGAAUUUUAUCAUCUAGACUAAUUCAAGUGUCCUAAAAAUGUGAUGUCUAUAACAAUAAUGUUCUAGAUCGUAUAUUUUUGUGUGUUUAUUAAGGAUAAGAUAUUUCAACACAUUCGGAAAAUGUUACAAUGCAUACAAUUUGCACCCUGAUCAAAAUGAAAUCAGUGUGUAUCUCGAAUGUUAUAUUAAAAUUAUUUAAGAAUUGUGUAUAGUCUAUAUUUAGUUCUCCCCAGUUUUACUUUAUUGACAAAAAGUAUUUCUCGUUUAUAUUAUAGUAUGUUUCGAGUAUUUACUAUUAAUGUAUUGAUCGUCCUUAAUCAGCGGUACAUGGAAUUAGGUUUGGUCUGUUCAUUAAUAAUGAUGCACCGAUUAAUGAAUGUGAAGUAUUAAUCUUUUUAACAUUUGACAUUUUUUAUUUUAGGUUUGGAAGACUAGAACAGGCCUAAUUAUUAUUGAUAUUUCAUGCAUUUUACUCUGAACAAUCUUCAUUUAUUAUCUUGAUCGAUUUGUCUGUACGUCUGAUUUUAAUAGUUAACGCAAAUUAGAAGUAACUACGUUCGUUUUUCCAUUUUGAAAUAUCAAUAAUUAUUGUCUAAGAGGUGUAAGUCAAGCUCAAAUAUUAGUAGGUAUACGAUUGAAUGUAAUUAUUAUUUAUAAUAUUAAAAAGUGUAAAUAACAUUUUCCGAAUGUUCUUAUAAAGUACAAUAUUAUUACUGUAUGUUUGUUUCGUCGUAAGAAUUUUAUCCUUUUACAUGAUCUCCAUCAAAUCGCUAUAAUUAGGCCUUACCUGUUUAUUGAAAUGUAUUAAGAAUUGUUACUGUACAGUC